UUCUUAAGAGAUAAGACUGUCAUUGGAAGCUUCGAGGGCCAGGCUGAGGCUCACACGCUUUAAGCACAAUUCUUCUUACUCUAGCUAUUCUUCUUCCCUUCCAGACUAACCUAUACUUUUCCAGAUCCAAACUAUGCAAUUACCGAAUUGCCGUCUAUAAAUAUCUUAGCAAAAGGCUUUUGACAAACAAUCUUCUUUCUGGCUGAUUUUAAAGAGAGACUAUUCACAAGAACUCUUCUUCGUCUUAUUAGAGCAAGCAAAUUCAAAACAAUAAAUUAGAAAAGAAAGAGAGAAUCAAAGAUGUGCUUGGUGUUCGUAUGUGAUGAGGAUGAAAGGGUGAUAUCGAGGCAGCCGGCACCAGGAGCCUGUCCCUACUGCGGUGGGAUGGUGCAAGCCAUGGAUGUUGAAAGCCAGUGGAGGUUCUGCUUUUUGCCUUUGUAUUUUAAGACCAAAAGGAGGUACUACUGCAGCUUUUGCGCCAGGCGCUUGGUUGUUCAUUGAUUUCAAGUUUUGCUUGUUAUCAUCCUCCCCGAUCUCCCCUCUUCUCUUUACCUAUCUCUUUCCAUCUUCGCUUGUACAUGUAAAGUUUUGAUAAUAGAAAAGGGUUCCUCUAUUCAUUUAA